AUGGCCAGCACCCUGGUCCUCCGCUGCACGAUGCGCGGUCACUCGGAUGUGGUCACUGCCAUCGCUGCCCCUAUCGACAACUCCGACAUGAUCGUUUCCUCCUCCCGGGACAAGUCCCUCCUCGUCUGGAACCUUACCAAGGACUCUCCCACCUCCGGUGUUGACGGUUCCGGAGAGGGUUACUAUGGCGUGCCCCGCCGUCGCCUCACUGGCCACUCCCACUUCGUCCAGGACGUGGCCCUCUCCUCCGAUGGACAGUUCGCCCUUUCCGGCUCCUGGGAUGGAGACCUCCGACUCUGGGAUCUCUCAACCGGUGCCACAACACGCCGUUUUAGCGGGCAUGUUGGGCACACCAAGGAUGUCAUCUCCGUCGCGUUCUCUGUCGACAACCGCCAGAUCAUGUCCGCCUCCCGCGACCGCACCAUCAAGCUCUGGAAUACACUCGGUGAGUGCAAGUACACUAUUCAGGGUGCCGAUGCGCAUUCCAACUGGGUUAGCUGCGUUCGCUUCAGUCCCAACGCUUUGCUGCCCGCCAUCGUCUCCGGAUCCUGGGACCGCACUGUCAAAGUAUGGAACAUGACCAACUGCAAGCUGCGAUGCACACUCGCAGGCCAUACUGGUUACGUUAACACGGUUGCCGUUAGCCCCGAUGGUUCCCUCUGCGCUAGUGGUGGUAAGGAUGGAUUCACGCUGCUCUGGGACCUGGGCGAGGGGAAGCGCCUUUAUGCACUUGAUGCUGGUGCCAUCAUUCACGCGCUAUGCUUCAGCCCCAAUAGGUACUGGCUUUGUGCUGCCACUCGGGAGAGCGUCAAGAUCUGGGACCUUGAGAGCAAAUCUGUUGUGCAGGACCUUAAGCCUGAGACGACCGCCACCAAUAACCAGAAAAAAGUACUGUACUGCACAAGCUUGACUUGGAGCGCAGAUGGUAGCACACUCUUCACUGGUUACACAGAUGGAGCCAUCAGAGUAUGGGAGAUCCGAUACUAUAAUGCAUAAAUAAGAGCUUCUUGAGCCUGGAUUUCGGUUGUGGUUUCAGUGUGCAUGAUUUUGAUACUCGAGUGUUAGUAGCUUUCCGGUGCCGAGUAACAUUUCUGCUUGUGUUAUUUAUUGUUAGAAUUAUAAUUUACCGUUUUAAGUAAUUUCCGGUGACGCUGUAAAAAUUUGUUCUGCUCUUGAGUUCGGUUGGAAU